AUGUUUCAGGAUUUCUUUUCAAUCUUCAGUGGUAAAUUUCCACAAACAAUUGGAAAUUCAUCUCUUUACAUUGAACCCAUGAAUGUUCAGCUGCCUGAGUUGGCUAUAACUGUUGCUUUUCGAGAAAGCCUUGCUCUUUACAUCAUUUUCUUCUCACCUGGGAUGGGAACUGUUCCAGGGGUUGUGAACUCUGACAUCUAUCCAUUGAGGUAUAGAGGAGUUUGUAGAGGAAUAACAUUCACAACUGUUUGGAUUUCCAUCCUUAAUUGUUUCAGAAUCCUUUUUGUCCUUGACACAAGCCAUUGGGACAGCUUUCACAUUCAUGAUGUUUGGAAUUGUGGCUAUUGUGGCAAUUUUCUUUGUCAUUGUUUUUUACCUGAGACCAAAGGGGUUCUAAUGGAGGAAGAGGAGAAGAUGCUGGAACAAAUAUCAUUGCAGUUCAAGUUUUGGCAGAAAGAGAGAUUCUCUCUGUGA